CGUUAAAUAGGUGGACACUGACAGAGCUUAUUAUUGCUCAAAAUGCAAUUUUGUUGCCCACCUUGUUUGUGCUACACGCGAGGGAGAAACCGAGGAAAUAAAGAAGCCUCUUGAGUCGACAGGUAUCCUUAAAAACGAAGAUUCAGAACUGGAUGAAUCCAUUGACUCAUUACCUUAUGCUGUGAAGAAGAUGAAGAUAGGAGAGGAUAAAAUUGAAAUACCCGAAGAAAUCAAUCAUUUUAGUCAUCAACAUGACUUAAAGCUUACAGAGGAGCUUCUGAACAAUGAACAAUGUGAUGGGUGUAUGCUUCCUAUAUCUACAUCCCCAUCCCCACAAUUUUACAGUUGUGCUCAAUGCAGAUUUUUUCUUCAUAAAUCUUGUGUUGAAUUACCCAUAAAAAAGCUACACCCAGUCCUUCACCCCCACCUCCUCACCCUCUUCACAAAGGCACCUUACGCUUCUAGCGGGUUCAGUUGUAAUGUUUGUGAUAGGCUAUGUAAUGGCUUCACCUACCAUUGUAAGGAUUGCACGUUUGAUGCAGAUGUCCAAUGUAGUUUGAUCUCAGACAUCCUUACACAUGACGGUCACGAGCACCCACUGAUUCUAUCAAGAGCACCCGGUAGUGAGAAUUGUAGUUGUUGUUAUAAUAGUGGAAGAGUAUUCAAGUGUGCUGAUUGCGAAUUCACUUUGGAUGUCAAAUGCGCUACACUGCCACAUACCAUGAGGUACCGACGCUUUGAACAACCCUUCAAAUUGUGUUAUAAGGCUGAAGAAGAUUAUGAGGACGAUGAAUAUUAUUGUGACAUUUGUGAAAAAAAACGAAAUCCAAAGCACUGGUUUUAUUACUGUGCAGAUAUGAGUUUCCCUGCUCAUCCCAAUUGCAUUCUUGGAAAAUCUCCGUAUUAUAAAUGA